UCAUAAUUAAUGUUUGGAUCAUAUGAACAAGAAGACUCAAAAUGAAUUGCUUCUUUCCAGGUCCUCUAGUCGCCAUUUGCAUCGCUUUUCUUUCCCUGACUCCACAAAGCCAUUCGGAGGAGACAGAAUUUGAGCAAAGAAACAAUCAUUUCAUGGCUGACGAUUACGAAAGCCUGAUUAGGAUUGUAGGUGCUGUGGUUUCCACGGUGAUAAUAGUCACCAUCAUCGUGGGAAUUAGCUUUCUGUCCAGAAAAAGACAGGUUGCUAAAAACGAAGAGACAAUUGCAGACUGAGCCCUCAUUGAGUUCAUCAACUCAGCAAGAAGUUUUGACAACAUCUUGUAGAUUUAGAUGUAUUCCGUCUGUAUUACAUUAUGAGCAUUUCAUAUUCUAUAUUGUCAUUCAACUCUCACUUCUGCAUUUUGCAGCUGUUAGUUCUUCAGCAAUAAAACUCUGGUUGACAAUAUGCCUUUUCUAAAAAAUAACCUUUUGUGCUUGUCUGCAGCUCUUCCCUUUAGCAUUCUAAUUAAACGUUGGCUUAAAAAAAAAAAUACAUUUUUGUUAUUCAUGGAGGAUUUCUUCAACAGUGAGCUUAAACUUAAAGCAAGUUUCAAUUGCAAGGCUAAAGAAAAUACCUGUGUAAUCAA